UAAAAAAUAUUUUUAAAAUAAUAAAUAUAAGCAUGAUACACCGACGCAUUGGAUCUCAUCCCAAAAUUAACAUGUAUAAAACCACUCGCCGCUGUAUUGUGUCGUAGCUAAAUAGACUACUAAGUGAGGGAAUACCCGCAAAAUAGAGAGAGAAAUGGCGGAAUCAGCAGUUGACUUUUUGCUUCAAAGCAUCAAGGACCUGGUGGUAUACAACUCCCGUUUAAUGCAAGACAAGAAGGGCGAAAUCGAGAUUCUGGAGACGGAUCUCCGCUUGUUGAGAGCGUUCCUGAGGGACACCUUGAAGAAUCGGAAAAAGAAUGAGCGUAUAAACCAUUUGGUGAGGAAGAUUCAAGACGUUGUUUACGAGGCCGAAAAUAUCAUUGACGCCUUUGUUACCAGCGCCGCCGUCGAGAAAAACCCCAAGAGCUACUCGGGAAAUGCUGCCGAUCUCCUCGCCAUUGGCCCAGAGGUUGAGUGGAUUAUGAAUCAAGUCAAGCUGUGGACGACCGAUUCUCGCAUCUCCACCGUCGAUGAUAGUGACAGCCAUCGAAGACUUGAGCCUCGGCUACCAAGAGAGGAAAAUGUGGUGGGCUUCGCAGAUGUGACGGAAGAUCUGAUACGCCGUCUGACUCGAGAAACCAACUAUUUUGAUGUCAUUUCUGUGAUUGGUAUGUUUGGGCUGGGCAAGACGACAUUGGCAUGCAAGGUUUAUAAUGAUGAAAAAAUUCAAUACUUCUUCCCCAGGCGUAUAUGGCUUUCUAUUUCACAGGAUUUCUCAGCCAGAGAUAUAUUUCUAGACAUUCUCAAACAACUCACCACUAUAAGUGACCGUAUACUUGCCAAAAAUGACCAUGAGUUAGCCUAUGUGGUUGCUGGUCUUCUGGAGGGACGAAAAUUCUUGAUCGUCAUGGAUGAUGUAUGGGAAACUGCAGAUUGGGAUAGACUUCAUGCGGCUCUGCCCGAAGACAAUACAAAAGGUAAAGUCUUGAUCACCUCUCGUAUGAAUGGAGUAGGCUACUAUGCGAGCCGGCCGAGACCUCCCUACAAUUUGCGUCUCUUUAACUUGGAAGAAAGCUGGGAGCUGCUUCGGUUGGAGGCACUCGGCAAGCUGGACUGCCCUUCUCAAUUGGAACUUGUCGGACGACGAAUUGCAAAGAGUUGUGAUGGUCUGCCACUUGCAAUAGCAGUCAUAGGAGGCAUGCUUGCCACUAUGUCUUCAGGCUCAGUUACCACUGCAACAAGAAGAUAUUGGGAAAAAGUGUCCGAUCACGUGAGCUCAUAUGCCAUUGGGAUUGACCCGGCAUAUCGCAUGCAAAAAUCUAUAUCUCUGAGCUAUGACAAAUUACCUUACCACUUGCGCCCAUGCUUUCUCUAUUUUGGGUUGUUCCCAAAGGACUAUGAAAUUCCAGUGUCUAAAUUGAUCCGCAUGUGGAUAGGAGAAGGAUUCGUACAACAAGAGCUUGAUUAUAGUUUGGAGGAAACUGCUGAGAAAUAUUUGGAGGAUCUUAUCAAUAGAAACUUAGUCAAAAGUGACAAGUUUAACCCUGAUGGUACAGUUAAAAUAUGCCGGGUUCAUGACACGGUACGUGAUUUCUGCAGCAUUGAACCUGCAAAUGAAAAUUUCCUCCAAGAAAUCAAGUAUGAGAGGGACGGACAGUUUGUACCUUCAACUUCUGACUUAGAUAAGUAUCACCGUCUCUCUAUGCAUUCCAAGUGUUUGAAAUUUAUCUCAUCAAAACCUCGUGUUCGUCGUGCACGCUCAUUUGUUUGUUUUUCCAAGGAUAAGUAUGUCUUGUCUCCGGAAAACAGUACAAACAUCAUUGGAGCCUUCAAAUUGCUCCGAGUUUUAGAUGUUUCUCCCUUCACGUUCACCAAGAUUAACAGUGACCUGUACAAUUUGCUUCAUUUGAGAUACAUUGCCUUGUCGUCCGACUUGUCAGUUCUUCCAUCAAAGUUCAACCAGCUUUGGAACAUACAAACUCUUAUAGUCGACACCACAUGUCGUACACUUAAAGUUGAAGCAGAUAUAUGGAAGAUGAAUCAGUUGAGGCAUUUCAAGACAAAUGCCUCUGCUACCUUGCCCAAGUCAACUAAAAGUGGCAAAAAAAGUUCAGAGCUUCAAACACUCAGCUUUAUCUCGGUGGAAAGUUGCAUGGAACAACUCUCUGAUCGGGUGCCCAAUUUGAAGAAAUUGGGCAUCCGUGGGCAACUGGGCUUGCUCUUUGAUGGAAGGCAUGGAUCUUUUGAUAGUUUGAGGAAAAUGAGAGAACUUGGAAAGCUGAAACUAAUAAACGACGUAUAUCCUUACCCACAGAGGGAAGCAGGAGUGGGUAGCUUUCCUGAAUAUCGUAGAUUCCCACCCAGCCUCACGAGCCUUACAUUAUGUGCUACUUUCCUCAGUUGGGAACAUAUGUCUACCCUCGGAAAACUAGAGGGACUCGAGGUGCUCAAGCUAAAAGAUAAUGCAUUUAGUGGGAGCAUCUUGAAGGCGGUUGAUGGAGGUUUUCAGCAACUUGAACUUUUACACAUUGAAGACACGGAUUUAAUUGUUUGGAAUGCUUCAUCCCGUCACUACCCGAAGCUCAGAAGCCUUGUGCUCAAGUACUGUAAGAAGCUUCGUGGAAUUCCAGUUGAGCUAGCUGACAUACCAAGCCUCCAAAAGUUGGAGAUGCAUACUUGCAUAUCUGCAGCUAAAUCUGCCAAGGACAUCUCAGAUGCAAAGAAAAAGACACUGGCUGAAGGCUCUGAAUUCGUGCUCUCCAUUUAUCCUCCUAUUUCAUGAUCAAGUUUUAUUUAUCUUGCCAACAUUUGCACUUAUUUGAGAAUCAAUCUUAAAAUAAUCAUAGUAAUCUAUGUUGGAUGCAUAUUUUGGCUAGAAUAAGUGAGUUGAAGUUGCAAUGUUUAACUUUGAUAAAGAUCCUUUCCUGUUGCUAUCAUCAACAGAACAAAAGUUCAUGAACAAGUCGCAACGAAAUAUUUGGAUACGUGGUAAAAUGUUGUUUCUCCUUACCAAAGUUUUAGUACUUUUAAUUUUCAUUCAGAUAGUUCUGAUUGUAUUAGUAGCCACUAUGUUUAUGUGAUGUAGCCAAACAUUUGAAUAUAUUAUUUUGUCAUCUCCUUGAAUUAUCGAGCUACAUGCCAAACUAACUACCCCGUGAUGUUUGCAAUUGUAAGGUCUUCCACCGCCUGGCUUAAUAACUGCUGGGCUUGAAUGAGUAUCUGUUUAUUUCACCGUACGUCUGUCUGUUUGUAAUUUGUGGUGGAUCAAAUAAUUUAAUUUUACAUCUUAAUGUUUAUGUUUGCAUGUCA